CAAUUCUUCCGGAUUUUUGAUAAGUUGAAUAUAAUCGAUCCGGUGUUUUAAUUUAAGGAUAUUUUAUUAUUCGUUUUCUGAAGUAAGGUUGUUCACAUCUUUGAUCGGAUUUAAACUUGAAAAGAGAAAACCACACGGACCCUAUAUAUAUAUGAAUAAUCCAUUACCGGAAUAUAUUCGAAUCUUGUCUUCUGAUAUGGACGCAUGAAGACUUGAAGAUCAAGAACAAACGUCUUUACAACCAAAGACAAUAUGAACUUAAAGAUCAAUAUAUUGGUUCUGAUUUUACUUCUGUUUGUGUCAAGAAAUUCAGGCGUACAAGGAAAAGCUGUUCGAUGUCUGGGAACGAAUUCAGCUUUCUCUAUCGCCGAAGAUCGUUUGGACCAUUUGAAUAAACUUGUUAUCAGAUAUACUAACUGCACGAUUGUUCAAGGAAAUCUCGAAAUAUCCGGGUUAGAGAAUCCGAACAUCGAUGCCUCAUUCCUUAAAGAUAUCGAAGUUGUUACCGGAUAUGUUUUAAUCGCCAUCAACUAUCUUCCUUACAUUCCUCUUGAAAAAUUGAAGAUCAUCCGAGGUCAAGAAUUACAUGGGCCCAACAAACUCGCACUCAAUGUUGUUUUUAAUUAUGAUAAAUAUCAACCAAAUCUUGGAUUACGCCAGAUUGGAUUCAAAUCUCUGACUGAAAUUCAAAGAGGAAAUGUUUCUAUCGUCCAGAAUACAAAAAUGUGUUUCUUGGACACCAUUAAUUGGUCGGACAUAAUGAAUCCUGCUGCUAAGAAACGAGACGGCUGGAGAGUCACCAUAAACAACACUGUCGAUCAUAUUGCAGUCAAAUGUCCGAAAUGUCACGAAUCUUGCAAUGGCAGAUGCUGGGGUGAAGGUGCAGACAUGUGCCAAACAUUAACAAGUACAAUUUGUCAUGAAAAUUGUGGAGAUGCGAGAUGCAGAGGUCCCGGUAGAGACGAUUGUUGUGACAGAGAAUGUGCUUGUGGUUGUACCGGAUCUACUGAUAGCGAUUGCAUUGCAUGUCUUCAUAUGAAUAACAGUGGAGUUUGUCAGCAGAGUUGUCCGCCACAAUUUAUCUACGACCAGCAAACAUCAAGACAUGUUCCGAAUCCAAACUUCAAAUAUCAUUUUAACGAAUAUUGUGUGAAUAAAUGUCCAGAUAACAUGUUAGUGGAGGAAAAUGGUUGCGUAAAACAUUGUAGGAAAGGUCGACACAACAAUGGCCUCGGAGUCUGUGUGACUUGCACAAGUAACGAAUGCAAUAAAGAAUGUUUUGGUGUCGGGAAUCCAGACGGUCCAUUAAAUAAGAGUGAAACGGUGGAUUCGAAGAAUGUUCAUUUUUUUGAAGGAUGCAAUAUUGUUCGAGGAAAUGUGAUUUUUCAAGCUUAUGCUUUUACUGGGGAUACACAUACGGACACACCACCGAUGACAGCAAAGCAGAUUUUGAAAGCGUUUUCGGCGGUAAAAGUCAUCAAUGGUUAUUUAAAAAUUCUUAGUUGGCCUGAAGAACUGGAAGAUUUUGGUGUAUUUUCGGAGCUGACUACAAUUAUGGGAAUCGAUUUAUUUCGUGAAGUUGCAAGUCUUUUAAUUCAAGACAGUAUCACGGAUCAUGGACCUUUCCAUUUAUCACAAGUAAAGCGUCUUGGAUUCAAGUCACUUACCAGCAUCAAUUAUGGGAACGUAUAUAUCGGAUACAUGAAACAACUGUGUUAUCAGGAUAAAGUAAACUGGACAACAAUUAUAAAAAGUCCCGUGAUACACAGAAGUUUUGAAAACGGUUUGCUGCUCAGAGCUAACGGUGCAAAUUGUGAAAACGAAACUUGUAAUGCUGCUUGCUCCGUCAAUGGAUGCUGGGGACCUGGAGCAGAUGAAUGCUUGGGAUGCAGAAACCUUACUUAUAAUGAUGAAUGCAGAACAGAAUGUGACAAAAGUCUCGGAAUAUACAGAGAUGGUGAUACUUGCAAAGCAUGUGAUGCUCAAUGUAAAGACACUUGCGUAGGUGCCGGACCUAGUAACUGCACAGCAUGCAAGCAUCUGUCUUACGGAAGCAUUUGUGUACCCAUGUGUCCUCCAACUAUGUAUGGAGACCCGAUAACAAAAAAAUGCAUGACUUGUAAUUCUACUUGUUUCGGACAGAAAGAUCCGGAUGGAACACCAAUGUGCUCGGGCCCAAACAGCACCCUUGGUCCAGGAGGUUGUCAAUAUUGUUCAAUGGUUAUGGCAGACAGAGAUCUCACCAUACACGAGUGUUUACCAAGUUAUGAAACAGAGUGUCCAGAAGCUCAUUUUGUUUUCAAAAACGGAUUGAAGGGAACAGAACAGGCUUGUGUUCCAUGUGUUAAGCAUUGCACAAAUUGCACCGGUGCAUCCGAAACUGAUUGUCUGCAUCCACUACCGGUGAAGAGUGACACUGCAAUUGUCAUGGCUGUAGUUGUAACUAUCGUCGCUCUUGGUCUCGUAUGCUUGAUUGGAUUCUUGUUCCAUCACAGACGUCAGAAGAUAAGAAGAAAGAGACAGAUGUCAAUGAGAGCUCUAGGAUUAGAGGGAGGAGCACCUGAACCAAUGACACCAAGUGGAGUAGCUCCAAAUCAAGCACAACUACGUAUUGUUAAAGAAACUGAACUGAGAAUCGGAAAAAUAUUAGGCUCUGGUGCGUUUGGGACUGUUCAUAAUGGGUAUUGGAUACCUGACUUGGCACCACGAGAAAAAGUUCGAGUACCUGUAGCCAUUAAAGUUUUGAGAGAUGAAUCUUCUCAAGUAGCUAGCAACGAAAUAUUAGAUGAAGCAUUUGUGAUGGCAUCUUGCGAGCAUCCAAAUCUCGUUCGUCUUCUCGGUAUAAGUUUAUCUCAACAAAUCAUGCUUAUAUCUCAAUUGAUGCCACUGGGAAAUUUACUUGAAUACGUACGAGACAAUAAAGAUAAUAUUGGUUCUCAGACAUUAUUGAAUUGGUGUUUACAAAUUGCAAAGGGUAUGUGCUAUCUAGCUGAAGAAAAACAUCUUGUGCAUCGAGAUUUGGCAGCAAGAAAUGUUUUAGUAAAAUCACCGAACCAUGUCCGAAUCACUGAUUUUGGACUGGCUAAAUUAUUGGACGUCAAUGAAGAUGUUUACAGAGCUGAAGGUGGUAAAAUGCCAAUAAAAUGGUUGGCACUUGAAUCUAUACAGCAUCGGCUUUUCACGCAAAAAAGCGACGUGUGGAGUUUUGGUGUAACCGUAUGGGAACUCAUGACAUUCGGCAAAAAGCCUUAUGAAAAUGUACCAGCAAGGGAAGUUCAUACAUUACUAGAACGAGGAGAGAGAUUGGUACAACCAGCAACGUGUACAAUAGACGUUUAUAUGCUGAUGAUCAAAUGUUGGACAGUGGAUCCAGACUCAAGGCCCACGUUUAGAGAGCUUGUUGAAGAUUUUGGAAAGAUGGCGAGAGAUCCAUCAAGAUAUCUUGUUAUUGCAAACGAUGGCAGUCUCCCAGCAUUACCAAGUCCCACCACAUCAGAAUUUUUCCGAUCAUUAAAGCAUGAAGAAGGAGAUGACUUUCCGUUACAAGACGCAGAAGAAUAUUUACAUCCUGAUAAUUUCGACUCAGCAACAGCGAAUGGAGGACACUUCCCCCUUCAACCGGCACCAGUUACUGCGCAGUGGAGAAAACAGCACGCUGAUCCAAGGCAUUUUGGACUGUCUGGUAGAUUUGCGGCAUCUCAAUCAUCCAGUGCUGCCGAUAGCCGACUUGACUCCGCAGUAACAGUGUUGACAAGUCUUCCAAGUGAAAGUGCUUAUCCUAACGGAUGCAGUACUCCGUUCGGCAUGCACACUCCCGGUAUAAAUAUGACACCGAGGUCGACGAGAGAAGGAAACGGAUUCCCUGCUUUCGGUCGAUCAAGCAAUAGAAUGUCACGUGAUCAGGUACCAGGCACAAGUGGAAUGAACAGUCUUCAUCCACUAACGAUCGGUCCUAGAACGCAAAGUGAUUCAUCCGAUGUCUUCCUUAAUACUCCUUCCGCGCAGCCAAAAGAUAAUCCAUGGGAGAUUGCAAAUGGUCACGAUCACCAUGUCAAUCCACGUGCGAGAGAAGAUAGUGCCACGACUCGAUAUUGUAUGGAACCUAUUCUAGCGCGACAAGAAAGUCGGCCCAACGGAGCUCAAAAUAGACGACAUGAAAGUAUGCAAGAAGACGAAGAUGGUUAUCUUGAGCCAACUACAGAUCCUAUUAAACGAAAUUCAGAUUACCUCGAGCCUAUUUCGUUUCCAUCCACGUCUUCUGGUGCAACAUCUCAAAGUCCUGUCUUCCACAGAGUUAACAACGGCAGUAUCGCAAGAUCAGGAAAGAAUCCUCUUACUGCUAAAUUAUCACUUGGUAUGGAAAAUCCAGAAUAUGAACCGACUUUUACUCCUUCCACAGCUCGAGUUGGUAACGGCUUCUACAGUGGAAUGCAUAAUUUAUUAGGAGCAAGAUCUUCCAUACCAGUAACGGACGAUGAUGGUUACGAAGUUCCAAUGGCGGGUGGUCAAAAACCAAAUAACCACUAUCCAAUUACAGUGGAUUCAAGAAGGUUGUCCACUGAAUACGAGAAUAUCGAUAUAUCAACAGGGAUGCCGGAUGUUUCAAGAGAAUUAGAAGAAGAUGAACACGGAUAUUUGGCAGUGAAUAAAACAUCCUUGCUACCAAGACGAAGGGAUUCUCACAGCGGAGAAAGUACUUCGUCUGAAAAACGAGAUUCCGGAAUGCAGUCAGAAGGCGAUGAAGAAGUACCAUUAAAACCAGGUGCAAAAAACGGAAAGGCAGCCGGCGACGUUGGCGCUAACGUCACAAACGAGGGUAAAAACCGGGGUCAAGUGGCGGCCCCAUUUCACCCCGAGUCGUCGGGCACUGCAGCAGACUACUUCUCAAACAACGCCACCCCCGAAAGAGGAUUCAAUUUUAAUAAACCCAAAGCCAACCCACAUCACUCUGUGGAUAAUCCGAAUUAUGAGCUUCUGGAGAACAUGACAAACGGUGGAUUUGAACCCAUGUCAGAAUUUAAACCGAUGGUGAGUAGAACCAAUUCCCAAGAUCCUUGGUCGACGAAUAACAACCCAUUCCCUGAUUUCCUCGACGAUUCUGUCACAUCAAAACGAAAUCCUAUGGAUAUAAACUUGAAUUGUGAUGGGCUGGACGAUAAUAUAUUUGUUACACCUGAGUCGAGAAGGCGGGGUACGGCUAAUGUAAAAGCGCUUGUUGGAGGCGGAGAAGACUUCGACGAUAUUUUUAUCACUCCCGAAACAAAGCGACGAAACAUAUCAAAUGGGGAAAUGCCCCAAGAUCCCGAUGGUAUGUUGGGUAAAAGCGUACCAAGGACAUAUUCUGAACCAGAUAGCGGGGUUGGUAUAGAAAUGGGUAUUGACAACGCUUUAUAUCAUAGACUGGGUAGCUCUGGUUGGGACGCAUCCGAUUAAUCGUUGGUCAAAUAUGUUCCGAACAUAAAUUUUCUCUUGGGGUUUAACUUGUAUGAGAUUAAUACACAAACAUCCAUUCUGGUGGAGUUGUGAGUGAUGAUGACAUCAUAGGAGUGAUGUCAUCAAUAUGAGAUUCGCGUUCGAGCUGAAGAGAAAUUAAAAAUACGUACUAAACUUGAAGUCCGUGUUGUUGUAAUACUUCUAAGGUCAUUUUUGUUUAUAUACAAGUUGUAUAUGAUCAAUUGAGACAGUUUAACGUGUGAGAUUUCUGGGAAAAGUGUGAAACUGUAGAGCUAACAUUUUAAAAUCAAAUUUUGCUGCAUCGCCAAAUUUCACGCCAAAAACGAUACAGAGACAAUUUAUGAUCGUGAAAUAACUGUAACCAAUAUUUCAUUUCGUUUUUGUUUACAUUUUGAACUAACUAACUAAUUGUAUCAUUAUUUUGGGAGUUUUUUCACUCGGAAGAAGAACAUGCUAUUAAAUACAAAAUAGUGUUUUCAUUCGCCUCAUUCGGUGUCAAUUUUGUCAAAACCAAGUUGAAUGAUAAAAGUCAAAAUAAUUUAUUUUUGCUAUGUGUUCUGUCGUAGAACAGAAAAACAAGAUUCAUUUAUCGAUCUUUUGUUUGGCCAACCAAGUCAUACUUUUCCCCAGAAGAUACAACACUACGGAGGCGCGAAAAAUCACUGCCAGUUCCGUCCAGAAUAUAUUGCUUUUAUUAUUAUUUUACUAUUGAAUUUACACUUUCUAUCGUCAACUUUAUGGAGCCAUCUGACCUCUUGUCACAACAUAUAUUUUGAUCGGGUUAUUCACGAAUAAGAAAAAUGAAUUAAAUUGGUAUGCAGUUGGCCAAAGCUAAAUAUACAUCUGAUCGUGUAUAACCCGAUGACAAAAUUAUGUGAAAAUGACGUCACCCUUAUACUAUGUACAGUACCUUAUAUGAAUUAUAUUUUCGUCCAAAGCUUUUUUGUUGGUGCUUAUAUGUUUUAUGUGCGUUUUGUCUGUGUUGUGACGUAAAACUUGUAUGCCACGUGAUCAUUCUACGUCAUAAUGUGUCAAUUUUUUUUAUUAAUUUUGGUUUAAACAAGUGUUUCUGCGUACGUGGCUGGCGACACGACAAAGCAUGAUUUUAUUAAUAUACCAAUAAAUUGAUUGACCGCCACCGAUUACAUAAUUCGCACUCAUGUAACAUUUCAUAAACCCGGAGAUAACUUAGUAAUAGUUCACAAAGUUCCAUUUUAUCCUGAAAAUAUAUUCCGUUCCCACGUGUUCCAAAGCCGUAUUUUCAAAAUAUUUUUGACAGUGUGAAAAUUUUCAACAACCCGCAGGAAAAAUAAAAUAAAACAAUUUUGUAAAAUCACACUUUCCA